AUGUCAGGAGGUAUUGCUCGUGGGAGACUCGCUGAAGAGCGCAAAUCAUGGCGCAAAAAUCAUCCCCAUGGUUUUGUGGCAAAGCCAGAGACACUGGCUGAUGGGACAGUGAAUUUGAUGGUGUGGCACUGUACAAUUCCUGGUAAACCCGGGACUGAUUGGGAGGGUGGUUAUUACCCGCUUACUUUGCACUUCAGUGAAGACUAUCCUAGCAAGCCACCGAAGUGUAAAUUUCCCGCGGAUUUCUUCCAUCCUAAUGUCUAUCCAUCUGGAACUGUUUGCCUUUCGAUUCUCAAUGAAGACAGUGGGUGGAGACCAGCCAUUACAGUGAAGCAAAUUUUGGUUGGGAUUCAGGAUUUAUUGGAUCAGCCAAACCCAAACGAUCCAGCACAAACUGAAGGAUACCAUAUGUUCAUCCAGGAUGUUGUAGAAUACAAGAAGAGGGUUCGUCAACAGGCCAAGCUGUAUCCAUCACUUCUCUGA